AUGGAACAAAUUUUAGAUGAAAAGAUGUAUGUCAUAGAUUAAAAAUAAAAAGAUAAAUAUCCACUCACAAAUUAAAUAUCUUAAGAUUUUGAAGAUGAUACACAUAUAUAUCGUAUAAUAAGAUUAGGAAAGGAAUCUGUAAAAAUAAUGUAGGAUUUAAAGUGGGAAAGUAAUAUAUUAUAUAUAUUAUUUCUAGAAAGAUUACUUAAAGAAAGAGAAUGGAGAAAAUUGAGAGUAUGUUAAAGUAGAGGAUGGUUACAUUAUGCAAUUUUUGAGAAAGAACCAUACGUUUUGUUGUUCAAAAGAAAGAUUACAAAAAAUAAAAGAUUAUGA